AUGGUUCACGAAAGAAAACAGGAGGUGUUCUCCAGGGAGAUUAUCAGACCAUCUUCCCCAACUCCAGAUCGGAAAAGGAUUCACAAGCUUUCCUUUUUCGACCAAUUGUCUCCUCCAAUCUACCUCCCGCUUCUCUACUUCUACCCAAAUCAAGAUCCCCUGACGCCAUUUGCUUCAAAAACCCAAUUGCUCAAAACCUCCCUCUCUUCAGCUCUUUCCAAAUACUAUCCACUUGCCGGAAGGAUCAGAGAUUCAUUCACGGUCGACUGCAACGACGAAGGAGCCGUAUUUCUCGAGGCGCGAAUGAAUUCCAAGCUCGCUGAGAUCCUCGAGGAUUCUCCCGUGGAUGAAACCCUGAAGCUCUGUUUCCCAGAUGGGCUCUGUUACCAAAAUUCUAACCUCAGCAGCCCGUUGACCGUUCAGGUAACUGGAUUCGACUGCGGAGGAAUGGCGCUGGCCGUCUGUUUGUCUCACACGAUCAUCGACGUCUCGGGUAUGUGUUCCUUCAUCAACUAUUGGGCUGCUCUGGCUUCCAGUUCCGCCUAUGGCGUCCCUCCCCUGCUGCUGGAGUUCAAUUUGGCAGAGCUGUAUCCGCCGGUUGACCUUCCCGUGACGAAAACCUUUGACCCCGUGAUCGUCAGGUGUGUGAGUCGAAGGUUUGUCUUCGAUGGUUCGAAUAUCGGGAAGCUAAAAGGUAUCGUUGCAGCUGGGAACGUGGAGAAUCCCACUAGGAUGGAAGUGGUUCUUGCAAUUCUUCACUGCUCUGCCAUCUCUGCAAUUAGGGACGUCGGUUGUGGCAGCCCGAUCGCUGAGCGCGAGUGCGUGCUCGAGACCGAACUGCAUUCCGCGGUGAAUUUGAGGAGCAGGGUGGUGCCGCCGGUACCAGCGAGCUCCGUGGGGAACAUGGCGUCGACAUUUGCGGUGUUCACCCCAAAGGGUGUUGAAACAGAUCUGGUUUCGUUUGCUGGUAUGAUCAGGGAGGCGAAGGUCGAGAAUUUCAGGUCCUGCGCCGCGCGAUCGCGAGGAGAAGAGCUGUGCACUUUCGUCGUCGAGACGACGAAAGGGUUCAGAGGAGAACAGGGGAGCGAGGGAUCAGGGAGUCGUCGUCAUGUGUUUGGUUGCAGCAGCUGGUGCGGGUUUCCAUUCUAUGAAGCGGAUUUUGGGUGGGGGAAACCGGUUUGGGUUACGCAUACUUUUGCAGGGGCGAAGGACAUCAUCACCAUGAUGGAUACUCGAAAUGGAGAUGGGAUCGAAGUAACUGUGUGUUUGGAAGGAGGAGUCAUGGCUGCGUUUGAGACUGAUGAAAAGCUUCUUUCCUUCUGCACGAUCAAUCCAGGCGUGAUUUGGUAA